GUGUCUUCUGUCAUCAGAAAGCAAGAUGGCGUCAACGGCGACAAUGUUCAGGCUGCAUUUGUAAAUAAGAAUUUGUUCUGAAAUUGCUUGCCUGGGUAAAUAAAGCACAUGAGAGCACCCCCACACAUCAUCCCUCCUGCACGCCGCCUGUUGCUAGGCGAGAGGCAGCACCACCGUCGCCGUAGCAACCAAUCACCAUCAUGGAGAAGGCUCCCAGGCCAAUGAAGCAGCUUGGCUGAGUGGGGAGUUUGUGAUGCUCGGUGUGGUUCUGAUGUGUCCAACAUCCACAAUGAUGUGACAUAUGGCGUUCACAGUCAGAGUGUGCUGUUCCACAGACGUCCUGUGCGGCAGCAGAUGAUCCAACCAAGAAGGGCGAGCGUGUAUGGCUGCACGAGGACAAGCAGUACCUUCCCAGCACCGUGUCCUCCUGUUCAGGCGGCGUGGUCGUCUUUGCCACAGACUACGGCCAGGUGUACACGUACAAACAGAAUGCGCUGACGAGGCAGAAGGUCCAGCCCAUGCAUGGCCGCAGCACCACGGGUGUGGAGGACAUGGCGGCGCUGGAGGACCUGCAUGACGGCGCCAUCAUGCACAACCUCUUUCUGCGCUACCGACAGAGGAACAUUUAUACGUACAUCGGCUCCAUCCUGGCGGCGGUCAAUCCCUACCAGCCGCUGCCUGGCCUGUAUGAGCGGGCCGCCGUGGAGCUGUACAGCCGCCACCACCUGGGUGAGAUCCCGCCACACAUCUUCGCCGUGGCCAACGAGUGCUACCGCUCGCUGUGGAGGAGGCCGCACAACCACUGUGUACUCAUCAGCGGUGAGAGUGGAGCUGGGAAGACCGAAAGCACCAAACUAAUCCUGAAGUUCCUGUCGGCCAUGAGCCAGCAUUCCCUGGAAGUGUCCUCCGGAGAGAGGACAUCACAUGUUGAGGAGGCGUUGCUGAAGAGCGGUCCCAUCAUGGAGGCUUUUGGGAAUGCCAAGACUGUCUACAACAACAACUCCAGCCGCUUUGGGAAGUUUGUACAGCUGCAUUUUAACCAAAAAGGAAACAUCCAAGGAGGCAGAAUUGUCGACUACCUCUUGGAAAAGAAUCGAGUUGUCCGGCAGAACCAAGGCGAGAGGAACUAUCACAUCUUCUAUGCCCUCUUAGCAGGAGCCAGCGACCAGCAGAGAGAGGCAUUAGGGUUGAGCCACCCUGACAGUUACCACUACCUGACCCAGUCCAGUUGCCCCCAAGACAAGACAAUCAACGACAAAGGCACUUUUCAAGAUGUUCUGAAUGCCAUGAGAACCAUGCAGUUCACGGAGGAGAACAUCGCGGAAAUCCUACGACUCCUGGCAGGAAUCCUCCAAGCUGGGAACAUCGAGUUCAUGACAGCCGGAGGAGCCCAGAUCACAUCCAAGGCUGCUCUCAGUCGGACUUCGGACCUUCUGGGGUUGAACUCGGAUCAGCUGGCUGAGGUUUUGACCCACAGGUCCAUGAUCCUCAGGGGGGAGGAGAUCUCCACUCCUCUGACCGUGGAGCAGGCCGUGGACUCCAGAGACUCCAUGGCCAUGGCACUUUAUUUCCAGUGUUUCAACUGGAUCAUCCGCAAGCUCAACAGUCGCAUUCGAGGCAAAGACGACUUCAAGUCCAUCAGCAUCCUCGACAUUUUUGGGUUUGAGAACUUUGAGGUGAACCACUUUGAGCAGUUCAACAUCAACUAUGCAAAUGAGAAGCUUCAGGAAUAUUUCAACAAGCACAUUUUCUCCCUGGAGCAACUGGAGUACAACAAAGAAGGUCUGGUCUGGUCCAACAUCGACUGGAUGGACAACGGAGAAUGUCUGGACUUAAUCGAGAAGAAACUGGGCCUUCUGGCGCUGAUGAAUGAGGAGAGUCACUUCCCUAAAGCCACAGACGACACGCUGCUUGAGAAACUGCACACCCAGCACUCGAAAAACCCUUUCUACGUGAAGCCUCGUGUUGCUGUUCACUACUUUGGAGUCAAACAUUAUGCGGGAGAGGUGGUGUACGACGUGAGGGGGACGCUGGAGAAAAACAGAGACACUUUUAGGGACGACGUCCUCUACCUGCUGCGGGAGAGCAGGUUGGACUUCGUCUAUGACCUCUUUGAACACGUGCUGAGUCGCAACAAGCAGGACACGCUGAAGAGCAGCUGCAAGCACAAACGACCCACCGUCAGCUCCCACUUUAAAGACUCUUUGCACUCUCUGAUGGCCACGCUCAGCACCUCCCAUCCUUUCUUCAUCCGAUGCAUCAAACCAAACACACACAAGAUGCCUGACCAAUUCGACCAAACGGUGGUUCUGAACCAGCUCAGGUAUUCCGGCAUGCUUGAGACGGUCAAGAUUCGACGCAGCGGCUUUCCCAUCCGGAGACCUUUCCAGGAGUUCUGCUGCAGAUACAAGGUCCUGAUGCGGGACGCGCUGGUGCUCGAUGACGCCAGGGGGCGCUGUGUCCAGCUGCUGCAGCGGUACAACAGCACCGGGACCGACUGGCAGCUUGGGAAAACCAAGGUGUUCCUCAGAGAGUCUCUGGAGCAUCAUCUGGAGAAGCAGCGUGAGAUGGAGGUGCUGAGAGCCGCCAUGCUCAUCCAAGCUCACAUGUUGGGCUACAUGGCCAGGAAGCAGUACAGGAAGUUGCUGCAGUGCAUUGUGGUCAUUCAGAAGAACUACCGCGCUUUUUACAUGAGGAGGAAGUUCCUGCUCCUCCGUCGGGCGGCGCUGACCGUCCAGAAGGUUCUACGAGGACAGCUGGCCCGCCGCGCCUUCAGCCAGCUGCUGGCCGAGAGAAGCAGGAGGGAGGAAGAGGAGCGACACAGGAGGGAGGAAGAGGAGCGACGCAGGAGACAGGAAGAGGAGCUGGAGAGGGAGAGGCGGACGCUGAGGGAGAUGCAGCUGGCAGAGGAGGCUUCCAGGAGGUGUGAAGAGCAGAAGCAAACUCAGGAGCCGGCAUCCCUACUCGUGGUCACUACCUCACCAGACUCUUUAAAGGAACAGGAGGAGACACCAGAGGCCUUGGACGAGGAGGAGGAGGCCAUACGCCCCCAAGAGGCAUCUCAGGUGGAGGAGAUCCUCCGCCUGGAGCGUGAGAUCCAGUCUCUGCAGAUGCAGAAGGAGCGCCAAGAGCUCUCCUUGACAGAGGCUUCACUGCAGCGCCUCCAGGACCUCCGUGACCAGGAGUUGCAGCGUCUUGAGGAGGAGGCCUGCAAGGCGGCACAGCACUUCUUGCAGUCGCUCAACUUUGAUGAGAUCGACGAGUGCGUGAGGAACAUUGAGAGCUCGCUGACCGUGGAAGGACGGGAAAAGGAGGAAGAGGUGGACGAAGGCUUUGGCGCCGAUGAGGAGGCUUUCAAAGACUCUCCCAACCCCAGUGAGCACGGCCACUCCGACGGCCAGCGGACCAGCGGCAUCCGGACCAGCGACGACUCCUCCGAAGAGGAUCCGUACGCCAACGACGGUGUGAUCCCGCCUCUCCCGCCAACCACCGUGCUCCUCCAGGCUCCGCCUCUCCUCCCGCCGCCCACCGCCUGCCUCAUGGUUUCCUCCGUCAAGGAGGAGCCUCAGGCUGACGGCGUGGUGGAGCUCAUUCCUCCUGAUGAGGACUCUGACUACGACAGGGAUGACUACGAUGAAGGCGCCAUCGUGUCCAGCAGCAGCGUGGCCUUCUCCAACCCUCGCAGCGAGCAGUGGUCUCCCGACUACCGCGGCUCCUUGGGAACCUACAACAGCUCGGGCGUCUUCCGCUUUGGAUCAGAGGGGGCGCAGUCCUCGUUUGAGGACAGUGAGGACGACUUUGACAGGUUUGACACGGAUGAUGAGCUGUCCUACCGCAGGGAUUCCGUCUACAGCUGCGUCACGCUUCCCUACUUCCACAGCUUCCUGCACAUCAAAGGCGGCCUGAUGAACACAUGGAAGCGGCGCUGGUGCGUCCUGAAGGACGAGACCUUCUUGUGGUUCCGGGCCAAACAGGAAGCUCUGAAGCAGGGGUGGCUGCACAAGAAAGGAGGCGGCUCAUCUACGUUGUCACGACGUAACUGGAAGCGCCGCUGGUUUGUGCUGCGCCAGAGCAAGCUCAUGUACUUCGAGAACGACGGUGAGGACAAACUGAAAGGAGCGCUCGACAUGCACGCCGCCACGCAGGUCAUCGAUAACACGGACAAGGAGAACGGGAUCAACAUCGUCAUGCCAGAAAGGACCUAUCACCUGGUGGCAGAGUCUGCUGAGGACGCCAGUCAGUGGUUCAGCGUGCUGAGUCAGGUCCACAGCUCCACGGAGCAGGAAAUCGGCGAGAUGCACGAUGAGCAGGCCAACCCCCAAAACGCAGUGGGUACCCUGGACGUGGGCAUGAUUGAUUCGGUGUGUGCGUCGGACAGUCCAGAGAGGCCCAACUCCUUCGUCAUCAUCACUGCUAAUCGAGUGCUGCACUGCAACGCCGACACCCCCGAGGAGAUGCACCACUGGAUAACACUGCUGCAGCGCUCCAAGGGGGACACCCGCGUGGAUGGCCAGGAGUUUCUCAUACGAGGUUGGCUUCACAAGGAGAUGAAGAACAGCAGCAAGUCCUCUCUGAAGCUGAAGAAGCGCUGGUUCCUCCUCACGCACAAUUCCCUGGACUACUACAAGAGCUCUGAGCGCAACGCCUUGAAGCUGGGAACGCUGGUGCUCAACAGCUUGUGCUCCGUGGUGCCGCCUGAUGAAAAAGUCUUCAAAGAGAGUGGAUACUGGAAUGUUAUCGUCUACGGCCGCAAGCACUCGUACCGCCUCUACUGUAAGCUCCUGAACGAGGCCACGCGAUGGGCCACCGCCAUCCAGAAUGUGAUUGACGCCAAAGCUCCCAUCGACACGCCCACACAGCAACUGAUCCAGGACAUCAAGGAGAACUGCUUGAAUAGCGACGUUGUGGACCAGAUCUACAAGAGGAACCCCAUUCUUCGCUACAGCCACCACCCUCUGCACUCCCCCUUGCUGCCCCUCCCUUACGGAGACAUCCACCUCGCUGCCCAGAGGAGCAGGACCUACAGCACGCUUCAAGAUGAAGCCCUCAAGGUGUUCAGUUCCCUGCAGCACCUGGAGGGAGUGGCCGACCCCGUUCCUAUCAUCCAGGGCGUCCUGCAGACGGGCCAGGAGCUCAAGCCACUGAGGGAUGAGCUCUACUGUCAGCUGAUCAAGCAGACCACGCUUCCUCCUCACCCUGGUAGUCCUGGAAACAUGAGCCGCUGGAAGAUGUUGGCCUGCAUGUCCUGCACCUUCAUCCCGACCAGGAGCAUCCUCAGAUACCUCAAAUUCCAUCUCAAGAGGACUCGAGAGCUGUUCCCGGGCAUGGAGAUGGAGCGGUACGCCUGCUUCGCUCUGGACUCCUUGAGGAAGACUCGCUCCAGGGAGAACGUCCCGUCUCAGGAGGAGAUUCGAGCCAUCAUCGCUCGGCAGGACAUGAGCACCACCGUGUACUGUCAUGGCGGAGGAUGCUGCAAAAUCACCAUCAACUCGCACACGACCGCCGGACAGGUGGUGGAGAAGCUGCUGCGUGGUCUGGCCAUGGAGGACAGCAGGAACAUGUUUGCUCUCUUUGAACACAACCACAUUUGUGAGAAAGCCAUUGAAAGUCGUACCGUGGUGGCCGAUGUGCUCGCCAAGUUUGAAAGACUGUCAGCGAGUCAGGAAGCGGUUAACACAGGCUGGAAGUUCUACUUCAAACUUUACUGCUUCCUGGACAUGGACAACGUUCCCAAAGACAGCGUGGAGUUUGCCUUCAUGUUUGAGCAGGCUCAUGAGGCCGUGAUCCGUGGUCAGUAUCCGGCUCCAGAAGAGACUCUUCAGUUCCUGGCUGCUCUGAGAGUUCAGUACCUGCUAGGAGACCACAGCUCACAGGCCACACUCCCAGAAAUGGCGCAGGUCUUCCCCAUGGCACGGCUGCGGGCCCGGGUGCAAAAAUCAGCCAGGACGUUUGCUCCAGGUGGCGGCAGCUGCUCGGUGGCUGAUCGCUCGGGAACGUCGGAGAGGAAACGCUCCAGCUUCCUAGAGGGAACGCUGAGGCGGAGCUUCCGAAGCAGCUCCAUCAGCCAGCAGAGGCUGGAUGAGGAGAACAGCCUGGAAGCCUGGAUGAGGGAUGAGGUGGCGGCGGUGCGGACCAGCGUGGCCGACAAGUGGAGGAAGCUGCAGGGUGUGGAGCAGGAGCAGGCCAUGGUCAAGUACAUGGCGCUGGUCAAGGAAUGGCCUGGAUAUGGAUCCACGCUCUUCAAUGUGGAGUGCCAUGAUGGCGCCUUCCCGUCUGAGUUGUGGCUGGGCGUCAGUCGAGACGCCAUUUCUGUGUACAAACGAGGAGAGCCGUGGCCUCUGGAGGUCUUUCCCUACGAGCAGAUCCUUGCCUUUGGAGCUCCGCUGGCCAACACCUACAAGAUCACAGUGGAAGGACGAGAACUUCUCUUUGAAACUCACAUGGUGAUGGACAUCGCCAAGCUGAUGAAGGCGUACGUCAGCCUGAUGGUCAAGAAGCGUUACAGCAACUGUCAAUCAGUCAGCAGCCACGGCAGCCAUUGCAGCGCCUGGUGACAGACGCCAAGCGUCAUGGUGUGGAACCCUCGUCAUCAGCAGGGAGCAGGAGUCUGUUGAUGUGGUCCAGUCGGGCGUUUGGAUGCGACAAAGAAAUGAAUGUAAAUAUAAAAUAGUAUUUGAUGUGGAUAUUUCCCGUUUUAGAACACAACUAUUUCUUAUUAGCACUAAAACAACUUUAGUGAGAUUUUGAAUGUAAAGAAAAUGACAUGUUUGUCAAACAUUUCCAUUGGCCUACUGGCCAAGUGAAGGUCGCCUCAUAAGUGCCUGUUCCAAAACACGAGUCCACUUCCUCUGGUUCUUAUGUGUCCCAGCCUGACUGGACCUUUAAGCACAGUUGAGACUAGUACACCAAGCAAAAAAGGUUCUGGUCUGGUUGCAGCCCAGACAUACUUGUCCAUUAAACAAUCAUGAUUUCAUGUUUUUUACUAAUGCCAAAAGAAAGAGGUGAUCAGAACGCUUGGACUCAGAUGUUAGUGGAGCGCCGCGGGCGGCAGGUCCAUCCAAAGAGGCGUUCAGGUUCCUCCCACAGUGCCUUGCUGUAUAUUUCCUACUUUUUGUGCAAUGUUUAUGCUGAAAUAUAUAUUCAUCACUUGGCUGUACAUUUCAUAUGUUCUUUAUGCUUCUGUGUGAUGGCCAUGAGUCCCUUGUUCUACGUGACAAUAAAUGUGUCAAUUCAG